AUGAGGUGUCUCGUGACGGGCGGCAACGUCAAGGUGCUGGGCAAGGCUGUCCACUCCCUGUCUCGCAUCGGAGACGAGCUCUACCUGGAGCCUCUGGAGGACGGGCUCUCCCUCCGGACGGUUAACUCCUCGCGGUCGGCCUAUGCCUGCUUCCUCUUCGCCCCACUCUUCUUCCAGCAGUACCAGGGCCCCAACACUGACCAAGACCCUGUGCGCUGUAAGAUACUGAUGAAGUCGUUCCUGUCAGUCUUCCGCUCCCUAGCGAUGCUGGAGAAGACCGUGGAGAAGUGCUGCAUUUCCCUCCACGGCCGGAGCAGCCGCCUGGUCGUCCAGCUGCACUGCAAGUAUGGAGUGAGGAAGAUCCACAACUUGUCCUUCCAGGACUGCGAAUCCCUGCAGGCCGUCUUCGACCCGGCUUCCUGUCCCCACCUGCUCCGGGCCCCAGCCAGGGUCCUGGGGGAAGCUGUUCAGCCCUUCCCCCCCGCGCUGGCUGAAGUGACAUUGGGUGUUAGCCAUGGCCACAGGGUCAUCCUUCGAAGCUACCAGGAGGAGGAGGCAGAUAGCAACGUCAGAGCCAUGGUGACGGAGAUGAGCAUCGGGGAGGAAGACUUCCAGCAGCUGCAGGCCCAGGAAGGAGUGGCCAUCACUUUCUGCCUCAAGGAAUUCCGGGGCCUCCUGAGCUUCGCCGAGUCCACGAAUCUGAGUCUUAGCAUUCACUUCGAUGCUCCGGGCAGGCCGGCCAUCUUCACGGUCGAGGACUCUCUGCUCGAUGGUCACUUUGUCCUGGCCACGCUCUCAGAGCCAGACGAGCCAUCCCAGGAUCUGAGCUCCCCACGGCCCCGCCAGCCAGGGCCUCCGCCCCAGGUUCACAGCACACCCCACCUGGACGAUUUCACCAACGACGACAUCGACUCCUACAUGAUUGCCAUGGAAACCACCGUGGGCAGUGAGGGCUCUGGGGCACUGCCCGCCCCCUCCCUCUCUGCGGGUCCCCACCCCCCCUGUAGCUCCAGCCCUAACUCAGAGGAUGAGCCCAGCACGGUGCCUGGGACCCCCCCACCAAAGAAGUUCCGCUCACUGUUUUUUGGCUCCAUCCUGGCUCCUGCACACUCGCCCCAGGGUCCCAGCCCUGUGCUGGCCGAAGACAGUGAGGGCGAAGGCUGA